AUGGUGGUGAUGACAGAAGAGGAGGAUAUAGCUUGUGGGUGGCUGGGGCAGAGCCAGAAACAGAGAGUCAGAUUAAGAAUGCUGUUGGGGAUGAGGAAGGUUGGCAAGGAAGGAAAGGACUUUGCCCUGGACCCAGAUGCCUUAGGACUGGCCCUGGCGAUACCCCUGGCUCUUUUCUCAUGUCUCCUUCAACCUCUCCCUGUCAGAAAAGAAGACAGGAGAUGCCUUUUAUUGGAGGCUCUCACCCUGUGGAAUUCGAUUAAGUUCAAGGCAGCUCAUGAGUGUGUGCCAGAGCAUAGAAAACUUCUGCAGGUGCCUGCUUGUGAAAGACUUCCUGGUAUCAGGUAUCAGAGGUAUCCUGUGACUUUUAUCAGUAGGGCCUGGCAGCAACAGCAAGCUGCAACAAUCAAGCUCGCUGUAGACAUAACUAAUAUGACCUCUACAAGACAUGAAAGCACAAGCAAUAUUGUCUUUCUUCCUCAUUCUCAUACCGUCUUGGAGUGGAUUUCAAGAAGAUUAAGCCUUCUGGAUGAAGGGAUUUAUACCUGCUAUGUAGGAACAGCAGCUAAAAAUAUUAUAAACAAAGUGGUGCUGAAGGUGGGAGCUUUCCUUAUGCCCAUGAUAAAGUAUGAAAAGAAGAAUACAAACUACUUCUUACUAUGCAGUGUGUCAAGUGUUUAUCCUCAUCCAAUUAUCAAGUGGAAAAUGGACAACACAUCUAUCCCUGAAAGCGAUAUGGAAGAAACCGAGUCUUUGGGUCCUUUUUCUAUUAGCAGUACACUGAAUAUUACAGAAUUAAAUUCAUCUUAUGAAUGUGCAGUUGAAAAUUCACUCCUGAAGCAAACAUGGACAGGGCACUGGACAAUGCAAGAUGACCUUCGUAAAAAACAAAAUGAAAACAUUUUACUCUCAUGUCAACUUGUAAAAGAAUAUUUUCUACCAGACCAAGACUUCAAAGUUACCUGGUCCAGAGUAGAAAAUGGGAAGUCCUCUCUUCUGGCUUACUAUCUGAGCUCCUCACAAAACACAACUAUCAACGAAUCUCGAUUCUCAUGGAACAAUGAGCUAAUAAACCAGAGAGACUUCUCUAUGACUUUGACACAUCUUAGUCUUUCAGACAGUGGGCAAUAUUUAUGCAAUAUUUCCUCGAGCAAAUCUACCUUACUCACCAUUCACACACUGCAUGUCGAACAAAACCAAAACACCAAUUAUUGGUACCUACUUUUCCUGCUUUUGGUGCUUUUUCUGGCAGUUGUGAUAAUCUGUAAAAGAUGUUGCAAUCGCAGCACAGAAAGGCCUUGUACUGAUGAGAGAGCUAGCGAUGCUGAUAAUGCAGAAGAAAACGUGCCUCUUUCAGAAUAUCCAGCCAGUACAAAAAAUCCAAGACAACACCGUGCCAACACAAAGAAUCAUCCUUAA